AACACACAAUACACCUAUCUCUUGGAACUGAAUGGUGAAUGUAAGCUAAUUCCAGGAGCAGGCCGUCUUUUGUAAAGUGUUAUUUAUUUCAGCGUAAUUCAAUUAUAAUACAAUAAUAACUAUAAUCAUAUUAAAAGCUGAUACGUAUACCAACUGGCCACUGAGUUAACCUCGUAUAUGGUAUACGGAUUUCAUAUAGAUAAAUACAAUAUUAAUACAUGUAAAAUGGAAUUUAUGUUCCUUUUACGGCAGUAUAUCUUGUAGCCAUACUAUAUGCCGUGCUAUUCACGCAUUAGUUUCUAUUCACCCAGUUUUACGGAACGUAAGUUAUUGCAUUCAAGCGAUGCGUCUUGACACUGCCUCAGCGUGGCUACUUUGGCUGUCCUCGUUCAUAUGCAGCUAUUCGGCGGCAGUAGAUGUAGGCGACGGAGACCUACUCCUGACGCCCUUAAUACGGGCUGGUCGAAUCGACGAAGCUCGGGCUGCAUGCAAUGUUACGCCCCUGAAAGGGACCAUUGAGAGCUACUCCGGUUACCUGACCGUGGACGAGGCACACGGUUCCAACAUGUUUUUCUGGUUCUUCCCGGCCGCGAGCAGCAAAGCGGACGCGCCUGUCCUGUUGUGGCUACAAGGUGGCCCGGGCGCGUCGAGCCUCCUCGGCGUGUUCAACCUAAAUGGGCCAUUCUCAGUGUGCAAGUUCUGUGGCGACGAGCUUAAGUUGCGUGACAACGCGUGGACGGCUACGCACUCGAUGCUGUACGUGGACAACCCAGUNGGAACAGGGUUCAGCUACACUGGUGACGAUUCCGGUUAUAGUACUGACGAGAUGGACGUCGCCCGGAACCUGUACGUCACCCUGGUGCAGUUUUUCGAGCUAUUUCCUGAGUAUCAGCACAACGAUUUCUAUGUGACUGGUGAAUCAUUCGCUGGCCACUACGUGCCGGUCGUGUCAUACGCCAUUCACCAGAACAACCCCGCGGCCAAGGUCAAGAUCAAUCUCAAGGGUUUGGCUAUUGGCAACGGCCUAGUCGACCCUCUCAACCAGCUGUUCUACAGCGAGUACCUGUACCAACACGGGUUCAUUGACGAAAACGGAAAGCACAAAAUUGAACAAAUCGAUAAUGUUAUUCACGCUCAGAUCCUCGACGGCGACUACGAGGGCGCGUUCCGAACAUACGACGAGAUGUUGAACGGCAUAUUCUACCCGUACCCAACACUGUUCCAGAACCUGACCGGCAUGCAACACUACUACAACUUGCGGUUGGACCGGAAACCGCCGUCGGACAACGAUUGGAUGCAGUUCGUGGAAAAACCGUCCGUGCGUGCCGCGCUACACGUUGGCCAACGGCGGAUGAUCUACUUGAAUAAGGUAGUCUAUCAACACAUGCUUGGUGACGUGAUGCGGUCGGUGGCGCCGUGGUUGGCCGCUAUAUUGGACGCUGGACGCUACAGGGUUCUGUUGUACAGCGGGCAGCUUGACAUCAAGCUCCACCACCGGGGCACCAUGCACAUGGCCCAGUCGCUAGAGUGGUCGGGCGCGGAACGAUUUCGGAGCGAAUCCUCGCGCACCAUUUGGCGCGUUUGCGAAAAGAAGAUUCGAUGCGACAACGAAAACGAGACCACCGUGGCCGGUUACGCGACCGCGUCCGGUCCGCUAACCGUACUGUUGGUCAGGGAUGCCGGUCACAUGGUGCCAGCCGAUCAGCCAGUAUGGGCUCUCGAACUCAUCAACCGGUUCACGGCAGACAAAACGUUUUGACCGACAGGAAACAAUCAUCAUCGUUCAGUCGACCACAAUAUUUUAUAUUGUUAUUAUAUUUUAUUAUAGCCUGGGGGGCUAUUCACAAAUCAAUCGAAAAGGGUUUUCGAUCAAAAUUUGGUCGAAAGCGGGUAUAUUUACAACCAAUUUAAAAAUCCGUUUUCGAUCGGCGUUUCGACCGUAGUAUUCGAUUUCUCGUUUCGACUACUAUUUACCAAUCGUACACUUGUUUUCGACUGAUAAUAUGUCAUGAUAUAGGUACUAUAUUAUAAUGUACAAUACAAUAAUUUUAUAAUUUUGUUUGCGGUGUUGUAUUUUUACAGUAGGUACCUAAAGUGUGUAAAGACGAUCUACCUGUACUAUUUACCACGGUAUUUAUCUAUUUCAUAUUUGUUGUUUGUUUUUUUUUUCAAAGUAUUUAGGUACUUACUACCUAAUGUGUAAAAUUAAACACUAUAUAACACUGUCUUUAAUAUUUGGACUACUGGCAAAUAUAAUAUUGUAUUAACCUUAAAGCUA